AUGGCGGACCGUCGCAAAGGCCGGCUCAGCCUCCUGCCAGGGUCAACGCCGUCUGUGGCGCAACGACGAGCUGCGUUUGAGCAGAACAUCGACAGCGCGAAGGGCGAGAAGCAGGAGAGUCCUGAGAAACCACGGCGCGUUGGGCCUGACCGAGAGCUCCCGAAGACACCAGGCCAAUUGACUCGAAGGGGGAAGCCAGAGACACCGGAGACACAGCAGAGUGAAGCAAAGGUUGGACUAGAGAGGGAACUAGAGAGGCAACUAGAGAGAGAACAGUUGGAGAGCGCCAGAGACAAGGACGCACCGAGAGCAGUGCCAAGCUCCGCAAAGUCGCUGCAGACGAUACUUGCCCGCCUAAACACUACAGUCAAGCCAAACCGCCCUUUCGACUUUGGCGGCGGUGACAUAUCGCAUUCACCUCCCUUCCAGCACCCUCGAUGGAAAGCAGCUCAGGCUAAGCCAGCAUCGCCAUCGACCCUACGGACAGUGACUACAGCUUCGCCUGUCCCAACUCCCACUCCCAUCACAACACCCGCCCUUACAAACAGCAGCACCGAAACAGUCUCCUCUGCCCCCCCUCUUCCUCCAAAAGACAAACCGGCCAGCAAUGAUCCUUCUCCUGAACGACCUUGCAAACCAGACUCUAUAAACGCACCUAGCACUACCUCGAGAGUAUCUCGACUGAUCGCACAGAUGGCAGACGACAACAGUUCGGACAGCAACCUGGUGGUGCCUCGGUUGGAAGACUUGCUACGUCACCCUGAAGACCUGGAAAAGAUCUCGGUACUCAAGGCUGAAUAUACCAGAAAGAAAGAGAAUGUCGACUCGCAGCUUCGAGAAGGCCUGCGGGACCAGCUCGAGUUGGUACAGCGGAGCUUGGCGAAUUUGGCUGAAGGCCGACGCCAGAUCAUGGAUGUGAAGAAGGGGCCUCAGGGGAUAGACAAGCUGUGGGCAGAGUCACAGUCCGCACUUGGUGACUUUGCACAGAUAGACAAGCUUGCAAAGAUACAGCGGAACUUCGAGGCCGUUCUUUUUAUGAAAAAGGGGAUGGAGAGCUUCCAGAACGAUGUUGCCGAAGUCGAGCAGCUGUUGAGAGAAGACGACCGAGAUAUGGAGAACCAGCCUAAUCUCCUAAAGAUACACAUGUCCAUUUCCCGUCUACGAGACUUCCGGGAUGAAGCCAUGGACCAGAUCCGAAGAGCCAAGGAUAAAAGCAGCGAGGCGACCCUGAUAGAGCUGUUUGAAGGUUUAGGCCCGGCCAUUGAGUGGUUCGACGACCAUCUUGGGACUGCAUGCAUGAACAUCAUCCCCUUGGUCCAGUCUGAUAACCGCGGCAUGGUGGUUAGACUGGCUGUCGUCAUUGCGAAUGAAGAGAAGAACGAUGCCAAGGUCCGGGCUUUACAAGAUGCUCAGAAGGACCAUGAAUACCUUGCCAGCAGGUUCAAGUCUAUGAAUAUCGGUCCCAAGACGAUCAGAGGAUACAAGGAGAAUUUCUUAAAGAGUAUCGAGCUAUACGCGCAGCCGUACUUUGAAGAGUCGAAACAGGAAUUCAUGGACGAUCCCGAUAGAUUGGAAAAGAGCUUCAAGUGGUUUUUCAACGACCUGUUCACCGUCAAGCAAGGAAUGCAGACGUUGAUGCCCAAGAAGUGGAAGAUCUUCAAGACCUACACAGACAUCUACCAUAGAAUGAUGCACGACUGGCUUAUCGAAUUUGUCGACAACCCACAGAUGCCGGCUGCGAACAUGCUUGCCAUCAUCAACUGGACAGAAAAGUAUUACAAGAAAAUGAAAAAGCUAGGCUGGGAGGCUUCCGACCUCGUUCCCAACGUCCUCGAUGAUCGCGAAGGGGAACUCGUACAAGACUGGAGAAACCUCAUCGUCAAGGCGUUGGAUGAAUGGAUGGACAGGAUGUUCAACACAGAUAAGCGAGCCUUCCUGGAUCGUGAUAUGGAUUCUUUAGAUACCAACCCCGAAGGAUACUUCCGCACGAAGACACUGGGAGACAUGUGGCGUAUGAUCCACGAACAACUCCUCGCGGCUGGGGCUUCUCAGAGAACCGAUGUGGCCGAGGGUGUGGUGGAUGCGAUGUUCCGCUCAUUGAAAAGUCGACAGUCAACGUGGCAGGCUCUGCUAGACGAGGAAUGUUCAAAGUAUAAGACUCCUGGCACCGAUCAAUCAGAGAGUCUACAGCAGUUCCAGGACUGGCUUAUCGCCGUUGCCAAUGACCAGAUCGCAUGUAUUGACGACAACGACAUAUCAGGCCAAUUAGGCCACUUGACACGAUUCAACCGCGAUUUCGAGCCACUCGUUACAGACAAGUUCUUGACGACACACGCGGCCACUGAGCUAGCAAUUCUGCGUGAUGGAUACGUCGAUCUAGGAACCCACUGUAUCUCCGUUUUCAUCGAUCUCAUCUUCUCCGUCGACUUCCGCACCACGUUACCCGAAUUCUUUACUCAGAAAUGGUACGGCGAAUUUGCCAUGAAGCGCAUGAUCUCUACAUUCGAAGAUUACAUUAGCGACUACCACUCCGUCCUCCACCCAAGUUUACGAGAUAUCCUCGUUGAAGAAAUCUCAGACGAGCUUCUAGUCCACUAUCUCUCCUCGAUUCGCAACCGAGGAGCCAAGUUCCGCCGUCAAGACCCUUACACCGAAAAAUUCAAAGACGACGUCCUCACUGUUUUUGGCUUCUUCCAGAAGUUCCCUGACUCCUUUGGCGGAGGUAUCAAGGACCGUUGGCGACUUGUUGACUGGUUGGUGCGUCUACUCGAUGCCGACAAGGCUGGCAUCGUCGUUGUCUACGAAGGCUUCAAAACCGAAUACUGGGACUUGCAACUCUCGUGGGUUGAGGCCGUUCUACGCUCUCGAGACGACUUUGAAAGAUCCAUGGUCAGCGCCGUCAAGGCCAAGGCUGCCGAGCUCUCUGUGGAAAUGGGCCCGGAUACCCUCAUGGGUAGAGUGAGAUAA